AUGCAGACCAAACAUUUCUUCGCCGACCCAGACCACCUGGUUCUCACUGCGCUUAACUCGCUUACACUCACAAACCCAUCUCUGGCCCUGGACCGACAGCACAAGAUCAUAUUCCGCCGUCCAGAUGCGCCCCGCAGAGCAAACAAGGUCUCCAUCGUGACGGGUGGCGGUUCCGGCCAUGAACCCGCAUUUGCAGGCUUCGUCGGCCACGGGCUCUGCGAUGCCUCGGUCGCCGGUACCAUCUUUGCCUCGCCGUCCGCCGAGCAGAUCCGCAGGGCGGUUAUCGAUCGUGUCCCCACUGAUAACGGCGUGCUGAUCAUUCCUAUGAACUAUACCGGUGAUGUGCUGAACUUCGGUAUGGCCACGGAGAAGUCCCGUGUUGCUGGUAUCAAGACUGAAUUCUUUGCUAUCAAUGAUGAUGUUGGUGUUGGUCGCGAGAAGGGUGGGAAAGUUGGUCGUCGCGGUAUUGGUGGUGGUGUAUUGAUUCUAAAGAUGGUUGGUGCGUUGGCUGAGGCUGGUGGCUCCCUAGACGACCUCUAUGCUCUAGCCCAGCUAGCCAACGCAAAUCUAGUCUCACUAGGAUCAUCACUCGAACACGUCCACGUGCCAGGCCGUGGUGUACCCGAAGACACGAUCCCGCACGGCGAGGUCGAAGUCGGCAUGGGAAUCCACAACGAGCCGGGCUCGCACCGCGUGAAAUUCGACCUCGUCGAGCUAGUCCGUGGUAUGCUUCUACAGCUACUCGACCACAACGACCCAGACCGCUGCUACGUGACCCGCACGCCGGAGGAUCAAUUCGUGCUGCUAAUCAACAAUCUCGGCGGUGUUAGCCCGCUCGAGCUGGCCGGUAUCACAGAUGAAGUCUACCGCCAGCUCCAGCACGACUACCAGGUCAACAUGGCCCGCGUGAUCCAGGGUACUUUCCUAACCAGUCUGAACGGCCUCGGCUUCAGCAUCUCGCUGAUGAAGCUCGUCGACCCAGGCCUGGGCGUGAAAACUACUAUGCUUGAGCUUCUUGACGCCCCCGCCGAGGCAGUCGGCUGGUCUGCCCCGAUCAGUGCCUCUACCUGGGAAAACAACCGUAACGCGGCCCCCGUGGAUCUGAAGACCUCCAAUCUCACCGAAGACAUCCACAGCAACCUCCAGCUCGAUCCAACCCUACUCCAAAAAAUCCUCGGCGCCGGCCUGCAGCGCGUAAUCGACGCCGAACCCGAAGUAACACGGUACGACACAAUCGUCGGCGACGGCGACUGCGGCAUCGGACUAAAGCGCGGCGCCGAAGCAAUCCAAUCCUUCCUCGCCGACGCCUCCCCACCACUAACCACCGACAUCGUCAGCACCGUCGCGCGGAUCGUGAUCGUCGUGGAAAAUGUCAUGGACGGGACAUCCGGCGCGAUCUACGCGAUCUUCCUGAACGCGCUCGCACACAGCUUACUGGCGCAGAACACUACCUCGCCGACGGCGAUCACGACGGAGACGUGGGCGAAGGCGCUGAAGUCUUCGUUUGCGGCACUGGGGAAAUACACGCCUGCUAAGCCUGGUGAUCGGACGCUUAUUGAUGCGCUAUCGCCGUUUGUGGAUUCGUUGCUUGAGAGUGGGGAUGUGAGGGUUGCUGCGGAGGCGGCGCGGCAGGGGACUGAGUCUACGAAGGAUAUGAAGGCGAGUCUUGGGAGGAGUGUUUAUGUUGGGGGGGGAGGAGGAGUGGCUUGGGAAGAUUCCGGAUCCUGGCGCUUUUGGGUUGUCGCAGUUUUUGACGGGGCUUGCUGA